GGUAGAAACUGGUAAGGUGGGUUAACUUGCACUGAAGUCUCCGUGAAACACAGAACUGAUGACGUUGGGUUGAAUGACCAAUCGGAAGGCGCUGCCCUUUGGAGACAAACCAUUUUACUUGUAGUGUCUGCAUCAAGUCUGGAGGCAAGGACUCAAUUUUAACAGAUUCCACCUUAAAAUCUCUGCCUUAACGUAUGCCCACCUUGUGCCAUAACGAGUGAGAAUAUCAGAGGAGGGGGGGAAAAGUAACAGAGAAAUUCGGGUGUUAAUAGGACAAUAUCUCUUCGCGGAGGAGAAGGAGACAACAACACAGCGAGAGAUCUCAUUUGGACUUGAGAGAGGGGGUGAGUGCUCUCAAGGCAGAAAAUUUGAUGAUGACCAUGACUACGAUGGCUGACGGUCUGGAGGCUCAGGACUCGUCCAAGUCUGCUUUCAUGGAGUUUGGUCAGCAGUCGCACUCACAGCAGAGUUCUCCGUCGAUGGCCGCCAGCCACUACCCUCUGCACUGUCUCCACUCCGGGUCGCACCCCGUUCACCAUCAGCACGACAACUCCCCGUACUCCGGCACCAAUUCCUACAACAGGUCCCUGCCGUACUCCUACGUGAGCCAUCCCCACCACAGCCCGUACCUGCCUUCCUACCACAAUAACGCCACUGGCGGGCAGACAAGGUUAGACGCCACAGAGCAGCAGAAAACUACGGUGAUCGAAAACGGAGAAAUUCGUUUCAAUGGAAAAGGCAAGAAGAUUCGCAAACCUCGGACGAUUUAUUCUAGUUUGCAGCUUCAAGCUUUAAAUCAUCGUUUCCAGCAAACACAAUACCUCGCCUUGCCAGAACGUGCAGAGCUGGCUGCCUCGCUCGGUCUAACACAGACACAGGUAAAGAUAUGGUUCCAGAAUAAAAGGUCAAAGUUCAAGAAGCUGCUUAAGGCAGGUGGCAACCCGCACGAGAGCGAUCCUACUAUGCCUGGUUCCAUCGCCGGCCUGUCUCCCCGUUCUCCUGCAAUUCCUCCGAUAUGGGACGUGUCCGCGUCCAGCAAAGGAGUUAACAUGCCGUCCAACAGCUACAUGCCCGGGUAUUCUCACUGGUACUCAUCCCCGCAUCAAGAGUCCAUGCAGAGAUAGACUGCGCAAAGAGCUGGAUGAUCCGAGGCCUGUCUGGAGACCUUCAUAGUUUUACCUGCACAAUUGAUUUCCGUCUGCCGCGAGACAAAAGUGGUGUCCCAUUCGAACUGAGAGAUUACUUGGAGAGUCCGUUGCUUGUGAAGGAUAAUUUAGGACAAUGCGAAACACGGUAAAGGAACUAACCGUAAUUUACCAAUGACUGUUCAGUGCAUGGGAUUGCCUUUGUUAUGCUUUCAUUCAUGUCAACAUCUGACUGUCAAUAUACCAAAUAUAUCACUGACAUUUAGCCCAUCUCGUGGGCUCGGAAUGGACUACACUUACGUGUUUUUUGCGGGUUAAGACAUGAUAUAUUGUUAAAAUCUAAACUGCUCUUUUACUGGUUGUUUUUAUCCAACAUGCAAAACAAAGCAAUCUGUCUGUAAAUAUAUUAUUCGAUUUUAGUUGUACAUAGGCCUACACUUUUUAUGUUUUGUCUUUCAUAAAUGGAGUACUGUAAACCAUGACUAGAAACUAAGUCUCGUGUUUUGUAGGCCUGUGGACAUGAUUGAUAUGUCAAAUGAGCCAUUCCUUGUCAAGUUGUCGUAUGGACAUAAAACCUAGGUCGCAUUGGUUUUUUUCAUUAAAAUAUUCCAGGCCAUCCAUUAUUAAGC